UUGACUGUGUUUUCCCGCAGUCUUCCAGCCUCGCACACAGCUUUUGAUCGGAAUCCUUUUUCUUCUUCUUCAUUCCAUUCUCACACCUUACAGGCUGACAUGGCACCUACAAUCCACUCCUACCACGCUCCAUCCCAUUACUAUCCUAGGAGAGACGUUGCAGAGCAGCUGACGCCCAAUGACACACAAAAAGUGACUCUAAUAGUCGCUGCAUGCUAUAUCGUUGCUAUUGCUAUCUUGUGGCAUGUACCAAUACUAGAAAAGCUCAUAUAUCCAUUCAAGCUCUUGACUGUAGGAUUGCAUGAAAUGUCGCAUGCCUUGGCAGGCGUCUUGACAUGUGCCACGGUGGAGAAGAUUACACUUGACCCCCAAGAAGGAGGAUCGACAAGGAUGAGGGGCGGUAUACCAGCGAUCACGCUGCCUGCUGGGUACCUUGGUUCAUCAUUCAUUGGCGCUUGUCUAGUCGCAUGUGGAUUCGACAUCAAUGCUUCUAAAGUAGCAUGUCUCGUGUUGGCAUUCAUAUGGAUUCUUACUCUUUGGUGGGCACGAUCUAGCUGGGUGGCUUGGGCUACAAUUGCGUUGAUGGUCGGAUUGGUCUUGGUGUGCUGGUUGGUGGCUCAAAGCGUCGCAUUGAGAUUUUUGAUACUAUUCAUUGGCGUCAUGUCUUGCUUUUAUUCGAUAUGGGAUAUCAUUGAUGACACUCUGGCACGCAAGAUCAACAGUUCUGAUGCCUCUGAGUACGCGCAUAUGAUUGGGUGUUGUGGUUCUCGGUUUUGGGGCGCUUUUUGGCUUAUUAUUUCUUGUUGCUUUUUUGCGGCUGGUGUAUUAGUUGGGAUCGCCGCAUUCAAAGACGACUGGCAGACACAAGCUGAUAAGGCGAGCAAUUUCCUUGGUGGCACCCCAUGAUAACGAUACUAACCUAUAACGAGCUUUUUUGUCCUACCAUGCAUGUGCACAGCCCGUUUUUUGUCACCUUCAUUGCAGCUUGAUUUCUCAAGCAGGCACCCCGAACAUGACCUGCUGGACGUAGUCUGCCGCGAUACCAGACCAGAUCAAGCCACC